AUGCCUCCUCAUCCUCCCCCCGGCCCCGCCCGCGGGGUCCCGGGGAUCCUCCCCCAAAAUUGUCCGGCGGGUGGGGUCGGGGUGGGGUCGGGGACAGCCAAUCAGAACCAGGGCGUGGUCAGGGGCUCGCCUGGGCUCGGCCAAUGGGAGCGCGGGGGGCGGGGCACACGGGACCACCGGGACCCCCGAACGGACCGGGACCAUCGCAAGCCUCGGGGACAGCGCCACCGGUACCGAUGGGACCCAGCAGGGCCCCCAGAUUAAGCAGAGCCAGCGGGACCCCCAAACCAAGCAGGACCCAGGGACCGACAGAGUCCUCGGGACCCCCGGACUGAGCCGGGACCCCCAACCCUCCCAGGUGUCCCCGUGCCACUCCUGAGCCUUCAGAGCCCGUGGCUGCCCUUCCACGGGGGCAUCUUGGUGGGUUUCAUCACCACCUUCCUCCUCCUGCACGGCCUCCUGCUGCCCCAGCCUGUGCCCACGCCCAGCCGGGACCCCCAGGUGGCCAAAGACCCCCCCGGGCCACCCUCAUCCCCUGCCCCAUCGGACUCUGCAGGCGAGGCCGCGGGGGUGGCCCGAGGGCUGUUCCAGCGGGUCCGGGCUCUGCGCUGGGUGGUGGCGGCGGCACCACAGAACCCGGAGCCCACGGCCCGGCAUGUGCAGGACACGCUGCAACGUGCCUGCCCCCGACACCCCGAGCCUGCCCCCCACUCCCCGGCCGUAGGGCUGGAGGUGCCUGAGGGCCGGGGGCAGCUCUACCACAAAACCACCCGCGCCCCCCGGUACGGGCACCGGCACCACCGAGCCCCCGGCUGCUUCCUCGAGGCCGACGAUGACACCUUGGUGCUGCUGGGCAACCUGCGCUGGCUGCUGGCCGCCCCCCUGGCCCACCAGCCCCUCUACUUCAGGAAGAGCUUCCAGCCCUUCACGCACCGGGGCUACGUGAGCGGGGGGCUGGCUACGCGCUCAGCCAGGGGGGCCCUGGGCCACAUGGCCCCAGCCCUCGCCCGCGGCACCUGUGGCCACCGCGGCCCCCGAGGAGUCCUGGAGCGGCUGGGGGUGGCUGUGGGGGAUUUGUGGGACAUGUAGGGCCGGGAGACCUUCCACCCCUUCCUGCCCGAGAUCCACCUCACCCACCGCAUCACCCGGGGCUUCUGGUACCAGCGGUACUGCUGGUACCCCCGCGGUGGAGUGCAUCCCCCACAAGUGACCGCCGUGUCCUCCCUCACGUGUGGCCGCAGGCUCCCCGGUCCCCAGAGCAGGUCAGACCUGGCCGUGUCCUUCGGCUACGUGGCCGGGGGGGAGAUGAACGUGCUGGAGCUCCUGAGCCAGCGCCUGCGCCCCUACGGCUGCAGGCCCCGCUACCGGCCCCCCCCGACCCCCCCCGCGGCCCCCAACGCCACCUGGACCCCCCCGGACCCCAAUGCCACCCGGAGCCACCUGGGACCCCAAGAACCCAACGCCCCCAAGCCCUGCCCCUCCCCUUCCCGGACCCCCCUGCACUGGGGGUGGCCGCAGAUUUGGGGGUUUCCUACAGGUGUCCCCCCCACGGUGACGGUGGCCCCCCCACGUCCGUGUUGUCCCCAUGACACCCCACGUUGCCCCCCGGCCCCGCAGUGA